AUGACUUAUGUUCAUCGUCAACGUUAUGGUUAUGCUCAAUAUUUUGGACCUAAACCACAGCUUGUUUAUUGCCCAACCUGUAACCAAAACACAACAACUAAACUUAAAUAUGUUCAACUUAAAUGUUUGGAGGUGGUAAUGUAUAUUUUGUUUGUUGUUAUAAUGGUUAUCAGUUUAUUCGUUUUUAUGUCUAUUUGUGUGCCUUUUUUGUUCUGUGACAAUUGUAAGAAUGCUGAACAUUAUUGUAGUGUUUGCAACACUUUUGUUGGUAAAUAUGUAAAUGACGAUACAAGGCCUGUAGUUAUAUUACCACCAGAAUUAUAUAAACAUGAAGUCUAUCAACCUAAGAAUAAUAAUGUUUAG